GCGUCUGCGUUGCAUAGAAACAGAAAUUCUCCGGAGGAAGCUGUUGCUACAAAAACAUGAAGAUGCAAACUACAUCGUUUUGAAAACUAGCGUUUUGCCAACGAUAACGUUUUUCUACUUAUUUUGCUAGCCUACUGACCGCUAAAGCAGGUUGCUAGAUAUAGCGUUAUAUCAGGGACAUAGCAAUAUCCCUGACUGUGUGUUAUGUUAGCUACCCUAACAAGUAGCCUGUGCACUGGCUAGGCUAACGUUACUGUAGAUAGCUAAACAACGUCGGGUUGAAACCAUGCCCGUUUCGACAGCUAGCUAAUAAGUUAACUUAGACAUCACUUCGAAUGGGUUUGGAUCAUAUUUUAAGUGAAUGCAUGCAAAUAUGUGUUAGUUAGCUAACGUUAAGCGGUUACUUGCUGUUAAUCACAGACUAAGUGAAUUCCUUUUGCUAGUUCACUUCUAGCCACGUACUUUACUGUAGCUAGCUAACGUUUGUUUACGUUCUCUAACUAGCUAAGCUGCUGUGAGACGCAGCUCAUUUCCCCUUUCUAAAGGUAGAAUGGCAGGCGACGCCAGUGGCAUUCCUGAACUGGACCAAGAUAAAUAUGAUGCCGAUGAAGAAGUCAAGAUAAUCUGCCUUGGCGACAGUGCAGUGGGAAAAUCCAAGUUGAUGGAGAGGUUUCUGAUAGACGGAUAUCAUCCCCAGCAGCUGUCAACCUAUGCCCUGACGCUCUACAAAUACACUACCACCAUCGAUAGCAAGGCUGUAUUAGUAGACUUCUGGGAUACGGCUGGACAGGAGAGGUUCCAGAGCAUGCAUCCCUCGUACUACCAUAAGGCUCACGCCUGUAUCAUGGUGUUUGAUGUGCAGAGGAAGAUCACUUAUAAGAACCUGACCAGCUGGUAUACAGGGCUGAGAGAGUACAGGCCUGAGAUACCCUGUGUGGUGGUGGCUAAUAAGAUAGAUGCUGAUAUGAAGGUGACCCAGAGGAACUUUAACUUUGCCAAGAAGCAGGGACUUCCUUUGUACUUUGUAUCUGCUGCUGAUGGGACCAAUGUAGUCAAGAUGUUCAAAGAAUCAAUCAAAAUGGCAAUGUCUUACAAGCAGAACUCUAGUGACUUCAUGGAUGAAGUAAUGCAGGAGCUGGAGGCUCUGCUCUUCAAGGUUGCUCCCACCCAAGGAAAUGCUCAGAACUUUUGAGCUGGAGCAGAAGAAGGAGGAGUCGUUAGAGAUGGCUGAGGGACUGAAACCAGAGAGCCCUGAGUCUCUGUCUGUCUGGCUGGA